CUCAGCACAGUCAAGUGGUCGUCUGUCUAUGAACGCGAGAGGGCAUGUUGCUCUACCCAUUUCAGAACUCUCCUUUCCCUUUAUUGCCAAGACAUUUACCAUGCGCAAACAUUUGUGCAAACAUCUGUCGCAUCUCCUAGAAGUCACGACUCAUCUGCUAUUUUACACGGUUCUGCCCCAGGAAGAGACACGCCUUUGACUAGCAUACAAUGCUCUUCUUGUUGCCACUUCUUGGAGUCGCGCUUGCAGAAAGUCAUACUGGCUACGCCGGCUACACAUUCGUCGUCCUUGGCGACUCCGAGAUCGCUCCUGGUUCAGGCUAUGGCGACUGCUUGAAUGAGGUUCUGCCUGGUGCAGAGGUGCUCAACUUUGCCGUUAGUGGCUUUUCGACAGUUCGCUACUUGAAGAACAAUACACACCGUGCCUUGGUCAAAAAGGGUGCUUUGGAAGCCAAGAACAGACAUCAGACUGUCAUCUGUUCACAGGCUUUCGGCAACAUCGAUGAAAAGCGAGGGACUGACUACUUUGUGCCCCCAAAGGAGUUUAUCAGCAAUAUGAAGGAAAUUCACAAAGAACUUGAGAGCGUUUGUACACGAGCUAUUUUUUCGACCCCUUUCGCUCGUCGGUAUUACUAUGAGAACGGCACCUUCUUGGAGAAUGGCCUGGAGUACGUCGACUUAGGCAAACAGGCAGCACGCGAAACAAGCUCUGUCCUCGUUGACCUGCACCUUGUCUCUGAAUCUCAUCUUCGCACAUGGUCGUCGGACAGAGCCUACAAGAUGAAUAAAACCCCAACAGACUACACUCAUCUCAAUAGAUACGGCUGCCAACAUACAGCACUGUGGUGGGUGACACAAUUCAAACGCGUCUUCAAGGAUUUGGACACACCACCUGUUCAUGCGAAACGACGACAUCAUCAUGCGGCAUGAAGAGAUGCACGGGUUCCUUCCUUCACUUCAAUCAUUUCUUCUCUUUUCAAUGCUAUCUGGAUAGUGACAUUCUCAGAUCACCUCGAUAUUAAUUCAUUUCCAUGCUGCUUCAAAAUGCCUUUCUUGUCCUCAAGAGUCGCGAAAGACAGCCUUGAAGCAAGGUUGAGAAUGCUGGCCAACCUAAGGAACAGGCAGAGGCACCCCUGACGUGAUGAGCUCGCAAAGUCGCAGACAAAAUGGUGCACCCCCUAAAUGAUCAACAAAUCUCAUUGAUUGAGCUCCCACAUGGUGUGUUGCCUGCCCUCUGUUCAGAGACAAGACCUUGUAGAGGGAAGCAAUCGCAACACGGCAAUGAUUGACCGCACUUCAUAGCACCACGCGAAUUCGCGCACUCAAUCACAUGGCGAUCCUCCCCCUCACCUUUCAGUGAUGGAUGUCUGACCUAUUCGGGGUUCGCAUCGCAUUCCCGUUGAGCCAAAAGUGACUAGUCC